CGGGCAGCGAGGCGGGGCCGGCGGCCGCUGGCGCUGCCCCGGAGCCGCCGCGGGACGGGCGCCCGGAGCCGCUGCCGGCGCGGCGAGCGAGGGGACGGGCGGCUGCAGGUGUGCCGGAGCUUGACACAUUUAACAAAACCGCUGGAAACUGCUCUCAUCAGUGGCAAAAAGUGCUUUGGAAGCCUGGUUCGGACCUGUGAGUUUCUGCCUCAUCUCUGGAACUGCCCUCAUCAGCAGAGUGAACACUGAUGCCUGGAGUAGCAGAUUGUGCAUAAGCAGACAUCUCUGUCUUUAUCUGCAGCUGCUGCAGGAAGUCAGCUGCAUGUCUGUGGUGCAGCUGCAAGAAUGACUUGACUGGUUUGCAUUCAUGGCUCUUGGAUGAUCUGGUGAACCAUGGAGCUCAAAGUAUGGGUGGAUGGAGUGCAGAGAAUCGUGUGUGGGGUCACCGAAGUCACAACAUGCCAGGAAGUUGUGAUAGCCCUUGCUCAGGCCAUUGGGCGCACCGGGCGCUACACGCUGAUCGAGAAGUGGCGGGACACGGAGCGGCACCUGGCGCCGCACGAGAACCCCAUCGUGUCCCUCAACAAGUGGGGACAGUACGCCAGCGACGUGCAGCUGAUCCUGCGGCGCACCGGGCCCUCCCUGAGCGAGCGGCCCACGUCGGACAGCGUGGCGCGCAUCCCCGAGAGGACUCUGUACCGGCAGAGCUUGCCGCCCCUGGCCAAGCUGAGGCAGCCCGGGGACAAGGCCAUGAAGAGGAGGGAGCCGAAAAGGAAAUCCCUCACCUUCACCGGCGGCGCCAAGGGGCUAAUGGACAUCUUCGGGAAGAGCAAGGAAUCAGAGUUCAAGCAAAAGGUGCUCAACAACUGUAAAACAACAGCAGAUGAGUUGAAGAAACUGAUCCACCUCCAGACGGAGAAGCUUCAGAGCAUUGAGAAGCAGCUGGAGUCCAACGAAGCCGAGAUCCGCUACUGGGAGCAAAAGUACAAUGCUAGCCUGGAAGAAGAAAUCCUCAAACUGGAGCAGAAGAUCAAACGGAACGAAGUGGAGAUCGAGGAGGAAGAGUUCUGGGAAAACGAGCUGCAGAUCGAACAAGAGAAUGAAAAGCAGCUGAUGGAGCAGCUGCAGGAGAUGAGGCAGAGGAUCCUGGAGUGUGAGAGUAAGCUCAAGGACUAUGUGUCUCAGAUCCACAACAUGGAGAGUGGCCUUGAAGCAGAGAAGCUGCAGCGAGAAGUUCAAGAGUCCCAGGUGAACGAAGAAGAGGUCAAGGAAAAGAUCGAGAAGGUGAAGGGAGAAAUUGAUAUUCAGGGCCAGCAGAGUCUGAGAUUGGAAAAUGGCAUUAAAGCAGUAGAAAGGUCUUUGGGCCAAGCUACCAAGCGAUUACAGGACAGGGAACAAGAACUGGAGCAACUGACCAAGGAGCUGCGCCAGGUGAACCUGCAGCAGUUCAUCCAGCAGACGGGAACCAAGGUGACGGUGCUGCCCGCAGACCCCGUGGAGGUGGAGGCCCCGCAUGUGGAGCUCGAGAGAGAGCCAGCCUUUCAAUCCGGGUCACUGAAGCGCCCUGGCUCAUCGAGGCAACUCCCCAGUAACCUUCGGAUCCUACAGAACCCCCUGUCAUCUGGUUUUAACCCAGAGGGCAUUUAUGUAUGACAGUAUGUACCUCUUCUAGAGAGGACCUAGCAAGGUACCCUGGACAAGAUACACUUUAUUUUAUUCAGCCAAUGAUGAAUGGAAGAAGUUUGUCUUGUUUUGUUUUUUUUGUUACACCACCGUGUUAUUUCUUCUUCUUCCUCCAACACCACUUGGAGCCAUACCCUGUGCACUGAUGCUAAAGAGACAGGAACUGUCUCGAUUCAUAACUGGCAAGGAUGACCUUGCUGUCAACACAGCUUGAGUGCAAAAACCUUCAUUGUUUUUGCCACUUCAGAAGUGUUUGGGAAAGUAUUGUUCCUUGUAUAGUCAUAAAUGGAAGACUGAGGGUGAAGGAAACCGUGUAUGCAACUUAUCUAAGGUUUAAUUUAUUCCCUUUAAUCAAUGGACCUGUGAAUGUUGACCUUUUAUAUUUUUAUUUUUAACUUGUGAAUUAUCACGUAUGGCUGUGUGUCAGUCUGACGAGGUGACUUUAAUUUGUGUGUACCAACAUCCCCCAUCUGAUCAAGUACAGCAACCUGCAAUGCAGAGUUCUGAGGGGUGCUGAACCAUUGCAGUGGUUUCUCACCACUAACUUUGUUCAUUUCUGUCAUGGGUCAUCAUAUGUCAUGUUCCAUCCAUUGCUACCUUUUAAGGCUUGAAAAGUGAGCUUGUGGGAUUUACUUGCUGUUGUAUCUACCUUGAAUGAAGCACCUAGUGUUCAAAAGAUUUAUGGAUUUUAAACCUUGGCUUGGUAAAAAUAUUUCCAGCAUAUGAUUGAGGAUGCACUAGUUAGAUGAUAUUUUAUUAUAUAGAAUGUAUAUUUGAAAUAUUUUGCCACAUUGUAUAUGCCUUUUGAGAAAAGAACAAUGUAAGAAGUUGUCUUCAUAUAUCUUACCAAAAGAGAGUAGGAGGCUUUCACUGUGUGUGAUUUUGUACUUCAUUUUUUUCACUAGCCAUUACAGUGUUCUUGUUUUGUUACAAAUCUUGCUGUUUGAGGGGAAGAAAGACACAACACAAAUGAGUAUCCACUUCCAACCUUCCAGAAUCUGCUCAAGUUUUGUGAAGGGAAUAAACCUGGCAGAGUCCCAAGAAGUCAGUAGCAGAACAGGAGUGAGGCCAGGAUUUCAUUCAGCUCCCUGGUGGAUACAUUUGGUCCCUCUGAAAGACAGUCACUUAGAGAAUGUAAAGCUUCCAAGCAGAAAAUUCACACAUUUGGUGGUCAUUUUUCACAAUACAUAUGAAAAGAGAACAUUGUCACAUCUUGAUAUUGCUCUAAUGCAAUCAAAGCUAAGAAAGAAUUAGACAAAAAGGGUUUCCUGCAGAAAGUAGCUGUUCCCAUAUAGCUCAUUGGUUGCAGGCCUUGAAGUGAGAUUGUUGCAGGGGGCACCAGGUUUGUGGGGAAAGGGACUGGCAUCAUUGGGACACACUGUAAAUGUUGGGGGCUGGCCUCAUGGAUGACUUAGGGAAGGGAUGGGCCUUCCCUGGUUUGGAUUUCCAGUUCUGACAGCAACUCACAGCAUCAGCCCCACCUUGGAGAUGCCCUGGGCACAAGGAGGGGACACUGUGCCCCCACUGCAGUGCUGAAAACUUGGGCUCCUGAUGCCCUCCUUGGCAGGGUCAGGAUUUUACCACUGCUAGGAAACUCCAAGCUUUUAGCCAUAGAACAAUACUUAACUUGUAGCAUCCUCUUGUGUUGAUUCACUGAUGUGCAGAUAAAUGUUAAUUUAAGUCUCCUUUUCUAAAAAAGGAGCUUCCUGACAAAUGGAAGUUUUUAAAGAUAUAGCAGAAGAUGAAGGAUUCUUGAGUGUUUAAUGCAUUUUUUUUCCUUUCCACUUUAUUAAUGGCAUCAUAUAUUCUAAAAAUGCUGCUGUAUUUAGACUUACAGCAACAGAUAAGGCUGUGAAUAUAUAAAGGACCUUUCCAAAUGGACUCUGAAUUUUUACUGUUUGACUUAUCAGGUCUUUUUUUUUUUUUUUUUCCAUCUUCCCUUGUGAGCAAACUGGAAAAUGAGAUAUUCCUACCUGAGGAACCUUUGCAGUGCUCACCCAUUUUACUAUUAGUUUAUCACAAUUCCAUGCUCAUGUUUACUGUGCCCAUAAAUUUGUAUUAAAAAAAAAGAAUGUGUGUGUACAUAUAUAUAUAUAUAUAUAUAAA